CCUGAUCGAAGAACACCAUUGGCUGCGUUGUCCUUUUUGUAGGAAACCUCUUGAUGGGAGUUCCUUGCUGGACCACAUUCAACAGCUUCACAAGCAGUGCCCCAGGUGCAGCAGUUUUAGUGGUGACGCUGAAGGUCUAAGGUUCCACCUUCUGAGAAAGCAUGAGGGAGCUAAAUGUGACCAUUGCGACGAGGCCCUACCCCGAGACCUGAUUCAAGAGCAUAUGGACAGACUUCAUCCAACAAUGCACUGUCCGCUCUGUGUUUGGAGCGGCACUUUGCAAGAAUUUCCUGGACACAUCAAAAGCCACGAAUUCUCUAAACAAGUAGAAAGCCGCGAAAUGCCGAAACAGAUCGGAAAUCACGAGAUAUCCAGCGAGCAGCAUCCUCCUCGCAAAAGGCGUCGACUUGAUACAUAUAAAUGUAGCUACUGUCGGAACGCUAAAAAAAAGUGUGUACCGGUAGACGGGCACGAGAAAUGCCACUGGUGCCUGGAAUAUGGAGAACCUUGCUCUGAGCUGACGACAAAAACGGGGAUUGUCAAAGGUCGCUCCACCAGCGACUGUCGGUCAUUGCAGCGUUCAAUCUGAUAUUUGGGAAGCUCGCGCCUCGCGAUAUUGAACUCACUACGAAACCGACUCGAUCUUCCUGGCUGGGUUCAACAGUCUGGAACCUCCUUCCACGAAGCCAAUUAUUUACAGAUA